AUGCCUCCACCAGACCAGUCAUCAGACCCAUACGACGAUGACGACUUCUUCGACGACCCCUCCACCCUCGCGGCCAUCGCGCAGGUCGAGGAGCGCGCCAUAACCGCCUCCCAAGCCCCGAAGCGCACGGGCUACCAUCACACCGUGUCGCGCCCGGCUGCAGGGCCCCGCGCUACCCAGAAAGCGCCUGCACCCAUCAACACUAAUCCGCGGGUGAGCUACUGCGGGAUGGGAUGGGAGCAAGGGGGAAAGUACUCAGCCCGGAUGGCGCAGGGUAUUCCAGUCGCAGGGAUGGCGCAGCACAACGAAGACGAGGAGCCAAUGGACGUCGUCGUCGACGACAAGGGCCGGUACGGCUUCGGCUCGGAAGACGAACCAAUCUACGACCAGCGACAACGGCCCGAGAUUAGGCAGAUGGUUGAGGCUGCCGCGCGGGAGAGGGAUGCUUCGCGUCGGAGCCAAGCACAUGUCCAGGGGUCGCAGGCGCGACGCGAGGCACUUGCUGCCGCCUUGCCACCCCGAGCUCCCAUCACGAGAACUACCUCGGCCAACGCGCUCGCUGGACCGUCCGCCCCGCCUACGCGCUUAGCCACACGUACCUUCAACCGCGCCGCGUCUACUGGCGCUACGUUCGGGCGAACUGGGUCCAUGGGGCCGUCGCGGCCCGUCAACGUCCUCCCCACUAUCGGGUCGCAGGGCAGCUUACCUUCCUCGCAAGGCGCGGCGUCGCGCAAGGCGUUCUUCGAGCUCGAAGAUGAGAGGAAGAGACGCGAGGCGCUCGAGUCCGAGGUGGGAACGCUGCGUGCUCAGCUCGAGGAGGUGCGGCGACAGAGUAUCGUGAAUCCGGCGCGAAUGGCCCCUGGCUAUGACGAUGUUGCUCGGAAUGAGAUUGAGCAACUCAAACAACAACUUUACGUCGCACAAGGACAGGCUGCGACGGCCAAGCGCAACCAGGCAGCUCUGGAAACACGGAUGCACGCAGAGAUCGACAAGCUUCAUGCCGACAAGCGGGAGAUGGAGAACCAGAUGCGUGUGCGGGAGCACGAUAACAAGCAAGCCCUGGAUAGCGCUAAGACGCAGAUGGUGUUCAGCAACCACCAGGCUCUCACGUCUGCUGCCAAGGCGCGCCAGCAGUGGCAGUGGCCUGCGUCGCAACGUGGACCGCCAGCGUCUCCUUUACGCGACAAGACAGUCAUGACUCCUGCUCCGCUUGUGCGAUCAGUGAACGCAAAGGCCCGUCCACCACAAGCACAACCCCGCUUCGACGGUUUGAACAACGCGUUCAGCAAGACUCCCACUGUUGCGCGGACACGCCGGGGUGGGACCGAGGCGCCGAGCCCGACGGUCACACCCAAGAAGGACCGACGGCAGUCCUCGUCACCCUAUGUGUCACCAAUUCAGAGCCAAGCUGCGCGACCGUCAACGCCCCUGGACGGUGACGGCGAAAUCAGCAUGGACUGGCAGCCCGACUUCUCGGAGGUUACAUUGGAGCCCGCACCACUCGAAGAAGCCCGAGAUCUAAAAGCAGAGCUGCAGUACCACCUCAUUACCUAUGUGGCCUCCUCUCCUCUCCACCUCGCUAUCAAGAACUGGUAUGAGUCAACUUUCAUUCGCAUCAUGGGCUACAAGUUGGAAGCGGAUGUGGAGGUGUUACAGAAGUGGAAGGCUGGCCAGAGCAGACUAUCCUCUGCGAUCGGGGCGUCCGCCUUAACCUUCGAGCAGGUCGGCGGAGAGCUCGCACUCGCGUUCAGAGACAUGUUCCUUGCGCUGGCUGAAGCGCGUGAGGCUCUCCGUACCGCCGGUAAGCCAGUCAAACUAGCCGACGUCGACAUCGACCUCGUGCGUCUGUUCGCGUCAACGGUGCUCUUGUUCCCAACAUUGCCGAGCACGGACCCCGCGACUUUCGGCCUUAUCGGGCAGUAUUUGAACAUCCUCAGCCGCUGCCUGAACGCCAACAGCAAGGACAAGCUCGUUGAGGAGUGGGCGGCCGCCAGCGUGACCACGACAGUGGACCGAGACACUCUGCUUCCGGAACCUCUGCCCAAAUCAGACCGUCCAGAAUCUGUCGUGGAGCGCGAGCUCGGAGAUGCCAUUGCUGAAGCUGGAGAAGCGUUGUGUAUGGUCGACGGCAAAACUCUCUGGCAAGCUGAUGACCUUUCGUCAACCGUGCUCAAUCUCAGCUUGUCAGAGCACCCUAUUGUCGCGGCCCGCGGACUCGAUCUGUUUGUCACUGCUGCCUGUCGGCCCGAGCACUUCCGACGACUGGUCACAAAGGCGGACGCCGCAUCAGGAGGCAUAUGCCUCAUGGACCGCAUGUCGCGUUUCCUCAUGAACGGACAUCCCAGGUUCAGCCCAGAGCAGCGGUUUCACUACUGUCGGGACGUCCUUAUGGCAUUGGCUAUGCUCGCUCGGAGCGACGAGAACGCCGUUGUUCUCAUGACCGAGGGGUCGAUUCUCGUUCCAGCGCUGGCGGUGGUGUUGCAUCGCCACAGCUCAUCGUUGUGGGCCAUCCGGUCAUCUGACGUGAACCGCUAUGAUCCCUUGGAUCUCAUCACUCCCACGAUGCUUCUGCUACAUCAUGUCGUGUUCCCGCCGCCCUUCGCCAAGAUGACCGGCGCAUCGCAAAUUCACACCGGCUCAGACUUUGCCGACCCAGAUGCGCAGUUAUUCGCUUCGCCACCUUCGCAGGGCGCCGCCAUCGGGCGACUGUUAUCAGCAGCGGCUUCCACGCCAGAGUUCAACGGCGUCCAGAACUUUUAUGUUUCUGCGCUCGGGCCCAUAGCGUACACCAAUGCCGACCUGGACGAUGGCGCAUGGGUCUACGCGGUGCAGCCUCCUGGAGACGGGACUGCGCUGGACAGACGGAAAGAGGAUGGGUCGGGCGAUCUGACGAUGGUGCAGUAUCUGGCGCAGGACCUUCUCAACGCCUUUGUCGAGGGUCCGGAGGGCGAUAGUGUCUACGAGAUUUACGACACUGAGGAGCGCCAAAGCCAGAAGGCACCGGACGAGAGUGAAGUGAUUGUCAUCUCGGAUGACGAGAACUUUGACGAGGAGGAGGCGAUGCUCGGUACCUGGCCCCUCGACGAUUAG